AUGUUGCGUGUUAUUGCGGGUAAAUACCGUGGAAGAAAAAUAGUUACAGGUAAACAGCUAGCUGCAAGGCCAACCAUGAAUAUUGUUCGCGAGGCAAUAUUCAAUAUAUUGCUUUCAAGAAAGUCGAUUCAUAAUUUAAAUGUACUCGAUUUAUUUUGUGGUAGUGGUGCUUUGUCAUUUGAAGCAAUUUCUCAUGGUGCUAAACAUGCAUUUAUGGUGGAUUCAGACUAUUACAAUUUGCAAUUACCAAAAAAGACGGCUGAAAAUUUUGGCAUUAUAAAUAAUAUUACACUCAUCUGCUGUAGCGCUGAUAAAUUACCGCAAUCUAUUUCUCAAUGUGGUAUAGUUUUCAUAGAUCCACCUUAUCAUAGCAACUUGGUUGAAUCAACUUUAGAAGGAUUGGCUGGUUCAGGCUGGUUAAGUGACGAUGCAUUGAUAGUCCUGGAAAUUAGAAAAAAUGAAGAUUUUCACUGCAACAAAAAUUUUAAUGUAGUUUUAGAACGUACUUAUGGUAUAGCAAGAAUAAUUUUUCUUUCAAAAUUAUAG